AUGAACAUAUUUUUUCUAUUCAUUACUUUCAGUUUAUUCGUCAGUUAUUGCUCGAGUAAGCCAACAUCAUCAUUAGAUGAAGCGUGGAAAUUAUUUAAAAAACUUCAUAAUAAAGAAUAUAAUUCAAUUAAUGAUGAACAACUUCGGCGAGAUAUUUGGGAAGAAAAUGUUCGAAUGAUUCAAAAACAUAAUUUCGAAUCUGAUUUAGGUAUUCACACAUUUACAAUGAAAGUUAAUCAAUUUGCUGACCUUACAAACGAGGAAUUUGUUAAACAAAUGAAUCAAUUAAAAAUUAAUCCUGAAAAGAAGCCAAAUAAAAAAUUUCAUUUUUCAUCAAAUAUAAAUCUUCCAAAAUCCGUUGAUUGGCGUACAAAAGGAUAUGUUACACCCGUUAAAAACCAAGGACAAUGUGGAUCAUGUUGGGCUUUUUCUACAACUGGUACACUUGAAGGACAAAUUGCAAAAAAAACACAAAAACUUGUUACUUUAUCUGAACAACAGCUUGUUGAUUGUUCAACAGAUUAUGGAAAUAGCGGAUGUUGUGGAGGUCUAAUGGAUAAUUCAUAUAAAUAUCUGGAAGACAAUCAUGGAAUUGAUACGAAUGCAAGUUACCCUUAUGAAGCUAUUGAUGGAAAAUGUCGAUUUAACGUUAAAACUGUUGCAGCUGAUGUUACUAGUUAUGUUGAUAUAAAAGCCCAAUCAGAAGCCGAUCUUCAAGAUGCUAUUGCAACAAUUGGUCCAAUAGCAAUUGCUAUUGAUGCUAGUCAUACUUCAUUUCAGUUUUAUUCAGCGGGUGUUUAUUCGGAAAAAGAUUGUUCAUCAACAUCCUUAGAUUUUUCACUUUUGGCUGUUGGAUAUGGUACAACAACAGAUAAUCAAGAUUAUUAUAUUUUAAAAAAUCAAUGGUCAACACAAUGGGGUAUGGAAGGGUAUGUUUUCAUGGCAAGAAAUAAAAAUAAUCAAUGUGGUAUUGCAACAAUGGCUAGUUAUGCACUUAUUUAA